CGGGGACGGAGCCGUCCGCGUGCCAGCCGCAUGGAAACGCUGAAAGAUCGCGGGUGCGAGCCUUACAGCAGCGCGUAGGUGGGAAGAAGGGAGUAAGUGCCUGGUCGGUGUGAGCGGCCGGAGCUGUCGGUGCUCUGCGUCUGGAUUAGCAGCGUUCAGAAGUCUCGUACUAGGGGAAGGUGCUUGCUGGCACCUGCUGGUAGCUGCUCUUGUAGAACAGCUUUGUGUGCCAGAAUGAAAUAGGAUUGCUGAGACACAGUUAAACAACUCGUGUUGUUAUUUUUUUGGUUUUUACUACUUUAGGAAGUUCAUCGAUAAGCUCCCAGAUAAGGGCAAGAAGAUCUCCGAUUUUGCAGAGAAGCUGAUGUGUGCCAUCUCACAAGAGGAAGAGCUGGCACGGACUGCAGAGCUGUUGUCUGCAGUCAGGCUGGAGUUCCAGGCAGAACAGGACAAGGCUCGUACCAGCAAACAGCACAUCGCACUGGGCGAGCACACGCUGCACCAGAAGGAGCCCUCAGUCCUCAGUGACAAUUCUCGUGCUGAAGAAGUUCCUAAGACUGCUUCCCAAGGACAGGAGGGAGAAUGUUUGGGGCAAGAUCCCACAAGUACAGCCUUGGAAAAUCAGAGGGCUCAGAGCAAAAAUGAUGAAAUAAAGACUGUCACAAAAGAUCAGAAUCUCUGUUGUGAAGCUAUCUCUGAAUCAGCCCCAAGCAGUCACCUGAACAGUGAUCAGCAGAUCUCUCAGAACAAUACUGAGGGUGGCACAGAAGGUCCUUUAGGCAACCGUAAUGACACAUUGGUUGAUGCUUUUCAAAAAGUUACCAUUGCGGAUGGGGAUAAUAGCGAAAAAGUACUGGAAAAAGAGCAGAAUGUGUCAGAACAUAAGGGCAAUAUUUUUGGAAGCCUGCACCCCAGGACGCCACAUUAUAUUGAAGUUCUGGAGUCCAGAGCAAAAAACCCUGAUAAAAAAAGCAAAUUCAAAACAAACGCAUUAUCAGGAGAGCAGAGCGGAUCAUCGCGUGGUUCCUCACCCAGUCAGUCACCUGGGGGAUCUGGCUCUCCAAUUACUGUUGAAGAAAGAAGACUUAGAGAUAAGAAACAUUUGAAUGACAUCACAGCAGCUCGGCUACCACCACUUCACCACUCCCCUGCUAAGAUGCUGUCCAUUGAGGAGUCCAUAGCAAUUCAGAUACAGCAAAAAGAAGCUUAUGAGGAAAUGCAAGCCAAACUUGCAGCACAGAAGCUUGCAGAGAGGUUGAAUAUAAAAAUGACCAGCUUUGAACCAGAGGGGGAGGCUGCAAUGCAAUACAGAGAAGUGAGAGAUGAAGAUUAUUUUUCAGCAGACGACUGAAUUCAGGAAGGGGUGUCAGAGGAUGAGCCACGUAACUGAUCUUUAUGCAAUACUUCUUAAAACCCAAACAUGAAUAUUGAGAAUUCUUGAUCUAGUUAGUUGUUUCUGAACAUUUUAACAUUACAGCUAUGGGAAGGGUUCAUAAUAGCGCUUGUACUUGUGAGGUUUAUUAAGUGAUAACCCCAGUAUUAUUUGGAGACGGGUUUUGGAGCACUUGUGGCAUUUAAUCCUUGUGGAAAGCCCAACAGUUUUCAACUACAGUGAAGUGAGCUCCUUAAUGUGCUUUUCCAAGCUAUGAUGAAUCAUCAACAAGAGAAGAUUUCUUUUGCUGGGAAAUGUGAGUGCAAAGAGCCUCAUAAUCCAAGUCUGUAAAGUUAGCUAAGGUGCCUAUGAACUGCUGCGUGGAAACUAUAUUUAUGAAAUCUCUUAUUUGUAUAAAUGUGAGAUACUUCUCUUGAGGCAUGAUCUAUUAAGGUCAUCUGUCUUUUACCGUAUGGUGACAAUACACACCCAAAUAAAUUUGUGAUUGCUUUCUUAUCAUGAGAACUUGUUUCUAUGCCUGUAGCUUCAAGUAAUACUUUCUGCCAUUGUACUGUAAAUAGAAAAUAACAUGAAGUUUUUACCUAACUCAAUUCUGUUUGAGCUUUAAGGGAUUCUGCUGUUUCAUAUUUGGAGACUACUGCAAAGCACAUCAAGAGAUUGAAUUAAUCUGAAUACUUGAGUAUUUUUAUUAAAGGCUUUGGUGUUUUUCCAUAUUUUUGUACAGUGCUUUCAAACUUUGGAAUACUAUUUUUUCAUAGUCUGGUACUAUAAAUUAAAAGAUUACCUCUGGUUUUCUUGGAGAAAAUAAGUCCUAUGUAUUUUACAGACUUAACUGUUCUUUGAAGAUAAAAAAACAAAUCUUCCUUACA